GGCAUUUCAGAGUUUUUUCUUCUGCCUCGGCGACAGGGAGAAAGCGGCGCCCUCCGAGCGGGACCCACCUGGGGGGUGUCUGUACACCUCAGCACUGCGAGCGACGUCGCUAUCUCGCUGCGCGCUUCUCCCGCGUUUUCGGCGGCGUUUCGAGUUUUCGCCUUUCGCAGAUUUCUUUCUUUUCUUCCGCGGCGCAGAAAAAGAGCAGCCGCGAGUUCUCUGGACCCUCAGUGACAACUUUUCCUCGUCUCGGCCUGCACAUUUCCCGGUCUUCUGUCAGUUUCCGCAGGGCUCUCUUGCAUGAGAAACUAACCAAAGAACGGUGAAGGACUCGCUCCACAGUAUCUCUGUCGCUCGAACGCGCGCUUUUUCGUCUCUUUUUCUUCAGAUUUCCGUUUUUUUGAUGGACACACGUCCUCGAAUUCCUCGGCAUUUCUCUGGAACUCCGUUCUCCGCGUCUGCCGCCCGGGAGAGUUUCCGUCGACCCGAGCAUCUUCAGUUCCGGAUUCGUCUCGCUGGGGCGAGACGCAAAUACUCUCGGAAAAAGGACGUGACAGCUCGCGUUCGUUUCUGAAAACAACCAUCGACAAGAUGGAAACGUCGCGCCGCCGAGACCGGAAGUUCUGCCUCAGGCGCGCUGCGAAGGUUUCUUCUCCCGAUGUCUAGCACAGCAAGAAGGGGGAACUCAAAGGGAAACCGACAAGACGCAAUUGGAAAUACCCUUUCUCGUCUUUUUUUUCCUCUCCAAGAAAGUCUAGACACUCGGCUGAAUCUGCGACACCGUUCUCUCCUCUCCACUCAUGGGUAGUGCCGCCUCUCUGACAUUUCCUUCUCCAACGAAGCUCAAAGACAUACAUACAUACAUACAUACAUACAUAUAUACAUACAUGCAUAUGCCUAUAUACAUAUAUACAUGUAUGCAUAUAUUUACAUAUGUAUACAUAUAUAUACACAUGUGUAUAAACAUAUAUAUAUAUAUAUAGAUCGAUUCGCGUGUCUCUGGGCAUGUCCUUAUCGGUUUGUGCAUGUCAGCCUCGCGAAUUGUCUUCUGCGUCUGAAAGGGAUUCCCCUCUUUUCCUUUCGCACCUCUGGGGGAGGGUCUUGUUUUUUUUAAGGAGCAAGAGACGCAGCGUUUCUUUUCUUUCUGCGGGUCCAGCGCUUCCCGUUCUGGAGUGUCUUUUUUGUCUCCCCUCGCUGUCUCACUUCUCCACGUGACUCUUCUUCUCUCUCUCUGUUCUGCUUUUCUCCGUCUCUGCGCGCAACCUUUUCCUCUCCGCUCUGCCUCUCGGGCCUGAAUCCUCCGCUCUCUCGUUCUCUCCCCCUAUCCCCCCCGCCCCCUCCCCCCCCGUCUGCCUCUCUUCAACCGCGGCAACUUCAGGACGACGACAUGGCGUCCCUCGAUACGGCAGACCUUGUGGCGUCGCAGGCUCCGCUGCCGCCAGAUUGGUACGAGUACCACGAUCCGCGCGGCGUACCGUACUUCCACAAUCCCCGUCUCAACGUCACGCAGUGGGAGCGGCCGACGGCCUCGGCCUCUCCGACCGUGUCUCUGGAGCCCCAGCGGUCUUUGGAGUCGGCUUCUUCGAGGCCGACCGUGGACCUCUCUGCGGGGCGAGGAGCUCUCGGCUCGGACCGAAAGGCCGGCAGCUUGCAGGGGGACUUCCUGUCUCUGAGCGACGCGAGUCUCGAGCCCCACAGGAGCCUCCGCGCGGAGGCCAAGGCCCGCGGGGCGCUUCUGGACGCGCCCGAGCCUGCGCGAUUCAGCGACGAGCCUCGCCGGGGAGGAUUCUUUGGUCUCUGCGGGUGCUGCGACGAGGCCGCCGGUCACCUGUAUAGACUGUUCGACGUGACGACGGAGCAGAUUCUUCAGCGACUUCGCCUUUCACUUCUCCCGUGGAAGACCGCGACCUGUGCGCCGAGCGCCGCUUCGGCCUGCGCGGGAGAUGUGCCUGAGGCCGCCGAUCAAGGGCCUUCGUCUGCGUCUGCCUCGCCGCUUGGCGCGCUCUCGACGCCUGCUUCCCUCGUCUUUCUCCAGUCUCCGGACGCGUACGGACCUUUUUGGUGCGCCACGACGCUCGUGCUGCUCUGCUUCGCAUGCAGCAACUUGCCGCUGCUGCUGUGGCCGACGGUCUUCGCAGCCGCCGGCCUCUCCGCCGACGUUGGGCUCCUCACGCAGGCUGCCGGCGCGGUCUACGCGGCGCUCUUCGUCCCUCCACUCCUCGUCUGGCUCGGCCUUCUGUGGGAGAAACACAGCGGCGCAGGCGUUCAGACGCCCGAGGCUCCCGCGUCGCAGGAGCCCCGCUUCGACCAGCUGCUCUGUCUCCAAGGCUACGCCUUAGUGCCUCUCUGCGCGGGAACGGCCUGUCUCCUCGUUCUCGGCCUCCUGCCUCACCAUCCGUCCGUCGCCGCUCUGCGCUGGGCCGCCGUGGGCGCCGCGGGCGCCGCCGCGUCGCGCUUCCUGUACGUCCACCUGACACCGCUCCUGUCGGGCCAGCGGCGCGGCGCGCGGCUCGCAGCGAUCGCGGGACUCCUGGCCUCAGUGCUGCUUCUCCUCUUCGUUCUCCUGAGCUUCGCGCGGACUUCGCAACUGCCGGAUACCUCCCCACCAGCCGCUGUCUCCGCCGAGAAGUCCUGGCCUGAACAGAACGGAGACUCCCCAGAACCGGCCAGCGGCCCGAGCCGGGACCGAUACGAAGGAAAACAAGGAGCGGAAGAAGGAAAAGAAGAAGGAAAAGAAGGAGAAGACGGGGAUCGAGAGAGAGACAGAGGACAAGUGGUGAGGGUGGAAGGUCUGGAAGAAAAAUUUGUGGGGACGAAGCAUGAGCAUGUCGAGGAAGCAGGGAGAGGAACAGAGGGAGAGAUGCAGGACGAGAGAAGAGGGGAUCGACCGCAAGCGCGGAAGAGAGAAGCGACCGAGGGGAUGGAGGAGACAGAGAGUCUCUCGGAGACGCGACAGACACUAAGGCGUGAGGAUGAGAGAGGAGAUAGAGAUCAUGGUGAGACAAGCGGCGCCGGAGAGGAAGGAGUAAAAAGUGGACGAGAACGGAGAGAGGCGAGCGUUGGAGAUGUCGAGGAGGAGAAUGCACAACUCGAAGAGACGCGGAGGGAACGCACAGACACUAAGGAGAGCGACAGGUCGGAGGCGUCGCCGUAGACGGUUUUUUUUGUCUCUCACCGGAACUCGUGGAUGUACACUGUCUUGUUGCUAGAAAGAGGUUUGUGCGCAUGCGACGAAGCCGUGUCGAGGCCUUUGCGGUGUCCUCAGGUUCGCGAAAGACGGACUUUUUCGUUUUAAGGAUUUAAAUGAUCUUUGGAGAAAAAGGAACUGUGCACAACUAUCGUGACAGCUUUGUCUUCUCUCGGCAAUCUGUUCCGUUCUCCACAUGCAAUUCGUCAUGUUUGAAUCUCUGCUUUCCCUCCCUCCCUUUCGGAGUCGACCUCCUCUUUUUUCUCUGCUCGUGGAACUCUCUCUUCUUCUCUUGUCUCUGCAUCUCUCGUCACGCGGUGCCCUUCGCUACAACGUUUUUUUAUCUCUGUCGCGUUCUUCUCGCUUAAUGACCGUUACCGCAGCACAGCCCGCUUCGCAGGUCUCCUUCGUUUCUCUUCGUUACCGACUUUUCGCUCCUUCUCUUCUGCCUCUCUCUGUCUACCGCUUCUUCUCUGAGUCUUCCUCCUUUCUUCUCCCUGUGUUGAGCUCUGUGUUGAGCUUCAGUUUUCUCUCUUUCUCUUUCCCUUCUUUCUCGUUGUCGCUUCUCGUUCCUUUCUCUUUCUCCUAGG